GUGGUGUGUCAAUGUAUGUAUUUGUUGGAAUGACAGAGACAGAGCGGUGCUCUGGUGCAGCAUAGCCACCAGGACUUGUUUACAGCUCAAGCUCCCAUAUUUGGCAGCUACACGGCCGUGCAGCAUUUUUGGAAUAGCUGGGAGGGAAGCGUGUGGCACAGAGAGGGAUGACUAUGACUCUUGGUCUCAUAAAUGAGAGAGACUCUGAACUGAAGUCUUGAAUUCAUGGACUUGAAACAGUAAUCUCAAUCAGACGCUGAGACUGGCAAGGCACCUGAAGAGCAGUUUGGUGAACAGUGCUUUAGAAAGUUGUUGGAGUCAUCCAAAAGUUGAAUUUCCCUUGGGCUUAUAGAUGUUGCUCACACUCAAGGUCCACUUGAAGGCAGCUUUUACUCCUGGGUUUGCAAGAAAGACAAUUUUGGAGGCGUUGUGUCUGCUAAUGUGCUUCUUCAACUGACUGGGCUCUUCUUCUGUAGUUCAACACACUCUUCCACAUCUACUACCAGCUUUUGACCACAGCCGAUCUGUCAGCAGUGACUCUGGUAACUCCACUGCUUCUGUUGAGACAGUCAUUGACAUCCUCAAGGCUUGUGACCCAAGCACCUUGAGACUGCUAUUAGUCCACACGAGCAACGAGAGUUGGUACAGCAGUUCAGUGGUUAAAAACGACCACCAAUCUACCCUAGUCAAACUUUCCUUCCUACUGCCAGCACAAGCCCAGGGGUGGGUGUGCAGCAUCUUGUGCCUCUCCAGGUCCACGUUAACAGACAAGCAGGUGCUGAGCGUGAAACUGACAUUCUGGCCAACAGGAGUCCACUGUUGUGGAAAUAGUCGGACAGUGGAGGGCUUUCCUAGCACGAAGGCCAGCAACAUUUAAAAAGGAGAUGCCUGUGCACCAGAUGCAAGGAUCACCAUCAUCACAUGAGUGUCUGAUAGACUACACUGGACAGAACGGUGAAAUGUGUCACUCACAGUGGUAUGGUGCCCCAAUGCUGGAUGGAGGGUCUAAUUUCUCACCACAAGCUCCUGAACGUAGCACGAGCAGCCGAGAGGCAGUGCAGCGAGGACUCAAUACCUGGCAUCAAUAUGACAUGGUGGAUGACCCCUUCUUUGGCACAAAUUGUGGCCUGCCACAGUUCCCAGCUAGUGGGGGGGCACCACGGCAGGAUGUAGAACAGUCUAUAGAGGUCCUCAACAAGCUCAUGCUUGAGUUGGAGCCUUCAAAUACACCAGUUACCAAGUUUCAGUAUGCACCCCCAGGGGAGAACAGCACAGUCUUUCAACCAGCCUUUGCUCAGACACUCGCUAGACCUUCUUACCAGUCUGACCAUGCCAUCCGUAGCUUCACUGGGAGUCCACCUCUCUCUUCCUCUGCCAUUUUUGGCCAGUCCUCACAAAGAUCAUCACCUGCUUAUCCCAUGGCCCCACCAUCCGAGCUCCAUCAGAGGGGGUUCCAGUCCCCUCAUUCUUACUCAACUAUCUAUCAGCAAGAUCCCUACAGCGUCUGUAAACCUUUAGUUACAACACCAUCCCCAACUUUACCCGUCCCAUCUCCAAUCAAGCCCCAGCAUGUAUACCCAUUAAGUGGUGAGGUGUCUUACCCUCCAGACCUUCAGGGUACAUACCCAUAUUCAAGCCCCCAAAGAAGCUGCAGCGCAUCGCCAUCCCCAUUCCCCACCGUUACCCUUGCUAAAGAGCCCGAGACAAAAUCUGAGGAGGAGACUCUAAAACUAGGGGGACUUGUAGCCCACCGUGUGGCAGAGUACAACGCUCGCAUUCGGGGCAUUUCAGAGAGCAUGUCCUUCCAGCCUGAACGUCAUCGUUCCUAUUCGUUCUCUGGAUCACGUUCACCCACAGUCACCCCAGAUGAAGCCAUGCCAACCAUACGUCGGCGAACCACCAGUGAGAGCCAGUACCUCAACAGCCGAAAUGACAGUCCUGCCCAUGGGGUGCGCUCCCCAGAGAAAUCCAUAUCCCCAGAGUUUAUCAACACAAUUGCAGUAAACCCAGGUGGACGACCCAAGGAGAGACAACUGCAUAGCUCCAGGGAGCCCUUCGAAUUGGUGGAGUUUGCGCCUAUAAGUCCCACCCCUAGUUGUGGUGUUGAAACACAUCCCCUGACCCCUGCCUUUCCUGUUUCACUCAACACCUCACCACAGACCCCUUACUUUAACCUGUGCCGUUCACCCACUGGUCUUGCCAAAAACCCUUUGUCAGCUUUAAAGGCACAGAGCCCCGCAGAACCACUGGAACAGCAAAGCAGUUCAGAAAGACCUGCGUUUCCUGCCUAUAAUUUUGACCCACCUAAGCCUGCCACCAGUGCCAGCUACAACCUUGAUGGUAACAUAUGGAUGGGCGAUCCUGUGCUUCCGAUUGGUGGUCAGCAUAUCUUAUCAUCAUUUCCAUCCGAGGCCAUUCAAGCCCCUCUCUUUCCUGACCCCAUUGGUUAUCUUGACCCUGAGGAGGCCACUGUUAACAUCAUGGGUGUCCAUCAUGUCCCUGGAAGCCCCAACACACUCCACCGAACGGUGGCCACCAACACACCACCAAGCCCUGCCCUGCAGCGUAGGCUUGGUGGUCAGAGCAGCCCAGCUUUGGGACGACACAUACCACCAUCCAAUGGCACUCCCAACAGCCCUAUGUUGGGUCGCAACGGCAAGUUCAUCCCACCAAGCCCUGUGCUAAACCGCUACCCAUCACCCGUUCCAGUUGCCUCCAAUCUAGAUCACAAACCCACACCUAGUGGUCAGGCCACCCCAGAUGAGAGAGUCCAGGUGCAGUCCAGGCAAAGCACCACCUCCAUAGCUCAACAUGGACCCCCUACCCCCACUUUUCCCUUAGAACAUCCCUGUAGACCCUCACAGUUCCUGCCUUUGGAUAAGAGGACAGUGUCAAUUGCAGAGAACACUGACAGUGUUCUAGAAGGCAGGACACAAAAUGGGAAAGCUCCCACUCCUACACCAAUGCCCAUUUGGCUCAGCAUGACCAGUACCACCCCACAGCCACCACAAGAACCUGCAAUCAUGUCAAUAUAUGCCGAUGGACCCCCAGAUAUUAGACUCAACGUCAAGUUUGUUCAAGAUACAUCCAAAUUCUGGUACAAACCAGAAAUCUCCAGGGAACAAGCCAUUUGUCUUCUGAAAGAUCGUGAACCAGGAGCAUUUGUUAUCCGAGACAGUAACUCCUUCAGAGGAGCUUAUGGCUUGGCAAUGAAAGUAGCCUCUCCCCCUCCAACAGUACAGCAGAACAAAAUAGCUGGAGAUAUAACAAAUGAGUUGGUACGACACUUCUUGAUUGAAACCAGUGCUAAGGGCGUGAGACUUAAGGGUUGCCCAAAUGAGCCCUACUUUGGGUGUCUGUCUGCUCUGGUAUAUCAACACUCCAUCACACCUUUGGCUCUUCCUUGCAAGCUUAUGAUCCCAACAAGAGAUCCACAUGAAGAGGCCAUGGAUCUUGCCACACAAACAAGUUCAACACUGGAUUUACUUAAGCAGGGAGCAGGACCUCCUAAACCUAAUGAGGGCUUUCAAGCAUGUAAUGUUUUGUACAUAAACUCUGUGGAUGUGGAAUCUUUGACUGGUCCUCAGGCUGUAGCAAAAGCCAUCACUCAGACGCUUACUUCCAAUUCUGCUUCUUUGGAAACUAUUGUCCGCUUCAAAGUGUCCACAAAGGGCAUCACACUCACCGACAAUCAGAGGAAGGUUUUUUUCAGACGCCAUUAUCCGAUCAAUACCAUCACAUACUGCAAUGUGGACCCACAAAACCGGAAGUGGAAUAAAGCAGAGGGUGGGGUAGCAAAACUUUUUGGAUUUGUGGCUCGAAAACAAGGAAGCACAACUGAUAAUGUGAGUCACCUGUUCGCUGAGAUGGAACCAGACCAGCCGGUGGUAGCCAUUGUCCACUUUGUCUCCAAAGUCAUGCCAGACAUCCAGAAACCUUGAGUGACCCCCUAGCUGCCAUCUUGGGUUCUCCAUAGGAGUGUGAAUUUUCCCACCAAAGAGGAUUUUGUUUUUCAUAUGUGGAUGAUUGUUUAUACAUAACAAAAAACAGAAUAAUAGCACGUGUCAAAUAACAUUUAGGAGGUUGGGGUCUUUCUUUUCACUGUUUAUGAAGACUUGAAAAUAAUGCUGUUGUUUAAGGGACUCAGAUCUGGGUGAAACAUUGCCAAAAUUUAAGGUAGUACGUAAAACAUGACAGUUAAAAAGGCAAUUACUCUAAUCAGGAUGUGGGACUUUCAAAUGAAUGAAUGAUAUGAAAUAAAUAAAUAAAUUAAUUAAGGGGGGUGGAGGUAUAUAUAUACAUGUAAAAAAAUUUUUUUUGCAUGAUAUGAAAGAAAUAAAUGA